AUGGCCAUUCCCAGAGGACAACCUCCUCCUUCUCUUUGGCCUCCACUCUUCCUCCUCUUCCUCAUCUCCUCCCCGCUCCCCCUGCAGGCCCGGCCACUCCUUCUCCACCCGUCCAUCAACGUGGCGGUGGUGUUCAGCGGCUCCAGCUACCAGAAUGAGGUCAGGGGUCGCCUCAGCGGGGAAAACUUUGUUGACCUGCCCGUGGUGGUCAGCCCUGUCACCGUGCUGGUCAACGACACGAACCCCCGCGACCUGCUGACACGUCUCUGCGAUACCAUGGCAAUGGAGAGGCUGCAUGGUGUGGUGUUUGAGGAUGAUGUGGGCUCGAGUGCUGGUGUUCAGGUGGCAGAAGUGGCCCAGAUCCUGGACUUCCUCUCCACUCAGACAGCACUGCCAAUCGUGGGCAUCAGUGGUGGCUCUGCAGUUGUCAUACCAUACAAGGCAGAGGGAUCAUCCUUCCUGCAGAUGGGAGCAUCUCUGGAGCAGCAGAUCGUCUGUAUGUUCAAGCUCAUGGAGGAGUAUGACUGGGGCGAGUUUGCGGUGAUCACCAGCUUGCUGCCGGGAUAUGACACCUUUGUGGAUAUAGUUCAGUCUUACACAGAUACCUCCUAUUUCCUGUGGAAUCUACAGGAUAUUUUGACUCUGGAAAUGUCUGUCGGGGCUAAUGAUGUGAAGACCAAGCGCAUGCUGCAGCAGGUGGAUUCUCAGGUCCUGCUGGCGUAUUGCUCCUAUGAGGAGGCACAGUACUUGUUUCAUCAGGCAGCUGAGGUGGGCCUGCUGGGGCCCGGCUACAUCUGGAUCCUCCCCAGCCUGGCCGUGGGCAACCCCGACAGUCCUCCACCUGUCAGCUUCCCUGUUGGUGUGAUCGGCGUGAUAACGGACCAGUGGAGGAAAAGCUUGCGGCAGAGGGUGAGGGAGGGUGUCGCCAUCGUAGCCAAAGGGGCCGAGAGCUUUAAGAAGCGGUAUGGUUUUAUUCCUGAGGGACAUGGUGACUGCAACAAGCCGGCUAAACACUCAGACAACAAUACCCUGUUCAGGCACAUGCUGAAUGUGACGUGGGAAAGGAGAGAUCUGUCGUUCAACAACCAAGGCUUCCGCUCAAACCCUUCCAUGGUCUUCAUUGCUUUGGACCGGGAGCGACUCUGGGACAAGGUGGGUACGUACGCUCGGGGGAUCCUCCAAGUCCGCUACCCUGUCUGGCCUCGGUAUGGCAACUUCCUGGAGCACGUGUCUGAUGAUCGUCACCUGACUGUGGCAACGCUGGAGGAGCAUCCCUUCGUCAUGGUCGAGAACGUGGACCCGGGCACCGGCACAUGUGUCCGCAACACGGUACCCUGCAGGCGCCAGGCCAAUCACACAGAGAGUAUUAUUGGCCACUCAGAGUCCUACACCAAACUUUGCUGUAAGGGCUUCUGCAUAGACAUCCUGAAGAAGCUGUCCCGCACAAUCAAGUUCUCCUACGACCUCUACCUGGUCACCAAUGGAAAGCACGGCAAGCUGGUCCGCGGGAUUUGGAACGGCAUGAUCGGGGAGGUCGUGUAUAGACGAGCUGACAUGGCCAUUGGCUCCCUCACUAUCAACGAAGAGCGUUCAGAAAUCAUCGACUUCUCAGUGCCGUUUGUUGAGACAGGCAUCAGCGUCAUGGUAGCCCGCAGCAACGGGACAGUUUCCCCAUCUGCCUUUCUUGAGCCCUACAGCCCAGCAGUUUGGGUCAUGAUGUUUGUGAUGUGCCUGACCGUUGUGGCGGUGACAGUUUUUGUGUUCGAAUACUUCAGUCCGGUUGGCUACAAUCGCAGUUUGGUGAGCGCCAAAGCUCCCGGUGGGCCAACGUUCACCAUCGGGAAGUCAGUGUGGCUCUUGUGGGGCAUCGUCUUUAACAACUCAGUCCCCAUUGAAAACCCUAAAGGAACAACCAGUAAAAUCAUGGUCCUGGUCUGGGCCUUCUUUGCUGUCAUCUUCCUGGCUUCCUAUACUGCCAACCUGGCUGCCUUCAUGAUCCAGGAGCAAUACAUUGACACAGUGUCUGGGCUCUCUGAUAAGAAGUUUCAGAAACCACAUGAGCAUUACCCUCCUUUUCGCUUUGGGACGGUUCCAAAUGGGAGCACAGAGAGGAAUAUCCGCAGCAACUACCCCGACAUGCACACACACAUGAUGAAAUAUAACCAGAAGGGGGUGGAGGAAGCCCUAGAAAGCCUAAAAAACGGGAAGCUGGAUGCCUUCAUCUAUGAUGCUGCUGUUUUGAACUACAUGGCUGGGAAAGAUGAGGGCUGCAAGCUGGUGACCAUUGGCAGCGGGAAAGUGUUCGCCACCACAGGAUAUGGUAUCGCUCUGCAGAAGGACUCCCGCUGGAAAAGGCCUAUUGACCUGGCACUGCUGCAGUUCCUCGGAGAUGGAGACACCCAGCGCCUGGAGACAGUGUGGCUAUCGGGCAUCUGCCAGAACGAGAAGAAUGAAGUGAUGAGCAGCAAGCUGGACAUCGACAACAUGGCGGGAGUCUUCUACAUGCUGCUUGUGGCCAUGGGCCUCAGCCUGCUGGUCUUUGCCUGGGAACACCUGCUCUACUGGAAACUACGACACUCCCUCCACAAGUCUCACAAACUUGACUUCCUGUUGGCCAUCAGUAGGGGUAUUUACAGUUGUUUCAAUGGAGUGGAGGAUCCUGGGCGUUCAUCUGGUUUGGCCAAACCUGACCUGACUUCUAACUAUGCUCAAGCAAACAUGCUGAAGAUGCUUCGCACUGCCAAGGACCUGGUCUCCACUGCCAAUGUUGAGAGCUCCCUGGACAACGCCACCAAGACCAUAGAGCAGUUGAGCCGUCAUGGCGGCAGCUUGCCUGUUCGUGUUCCACAAGUCACCACGGAGGCUGCACCUGGAGGAUUUGCUUAUGUUACAGAGAAUCACUCCUCCCUCCCCCAGCACUCCCUGACCCCACCUAUGACUGCUGUUAACGCUCUGAAACAGCAGAGGGGUGUGACCAGGCCCACGCCGCUCCGUUACACGCUCCCGACUCGCUCUUCUUCAUGUCUGUAUGACCGUCCACUUCCUGUAUCCAGCCUCAGUAGCCCCCACCUGGCUGUGAGUGAGCCACUCCCUUAUCAGCACCCACACCACUACCAGACCACUGGGAGACUUUACGUAGACACCCAUCCUCAUUCGCCUUUCGUCCCCUAUGCUGAUCUCCAACUACCUGACAUCUACACCUCUCACCCGGUCUCCUCGCCUCAAAACCAGCACGUCCAAGCGGGCUUCUCCCGACGGAAAAGGAGGUCCAAAAGUUUCCAGUGUGAGGACGGGGAUGUGGAGAGGAGACAACACAGAGACCAGGAAAAGAAUGGCAAAAGUCCCGUCUGUCUCAGUGAGCUGAAAGCCAACCACCUCCAAGACAACCACAUCUCUGCCCCCAGUGUUGAGAGCACCUACUCAGGGGAGGGUCCUCGGGUAGAGAACUACAGCUCCUGGCCACCAGAAGACCUUGUGCUGAGAGGGAGACGCAGGCACCGCCGCCCCUCUUUCCUUAAAGCGACUUGGGGCAGCGAGCAGAUCCGCCAGCUCGACGAAUCCCAGUCAUCCCUGUCCAGCCAAUCCCCUUCCACCCUGCCAGACCUAUUCCCAUGCAUUCUUACACCGACAACACCUGCCAAGGCCUACAACCCUGCCCACCUUCGAAACAACCUGUGCCUCCCACGGAACCAGGCCUACCUCCACAUAAGGGAGGACCAGAGGAGGCCCAAUGGCCGUAAGGGCCAGAGGCUGCGCUACUCCCACUCCACCCAUCUCCCCACAUAUGGAGAAGCAGUGCGACAUGGGACUGGGUUAGGGCGGGGGAUGGUACGGAGAGCCACCAGUUUGCUCAGCAGACAGUACGCCCACUACCUGAACUCAUAUCCAGGACUACCCCUCUACCACGGUCCCCUGGACCUGCAGCACCACAGCCAGGCCUCCAACGGCCAUCCAAGCCCCAGCCCAGUCUGCCAGCUUCUGGCCUGUGGUGGCGGGCGAUGUGGGGGCCAGCGUGCGCUGCUCUACCAGGACAGUGUGUAUGGGGCCUAUGGGGUCUAUCAGGGGUCCCAGACUGGAUCAGAGACCCAGGCAUGUCAGGGAGCAGGGAGCCAGCAUGCAGGGAGCCCCUGUGUUCUUCGUCCCUGGCGACGGGUGUCCAGCCUGGAGUCUGAGGUCUGA